UUCUCGGUGGGGAGAAUUUUGGUAGAUAGCGGGUCCGCUGUCAACGUCAUCUUCAACGGUUGCUACGACCAUCUCAAGCGGAACAAAAAACUACUCCAGGAUCACGAGCCACUGCUCAGCUUCUCCGGUGACGUCACACAACCGCUGGGGUCAGAUUACAUGCGGCUGGUUAUUGGCACUAGCCCCUGCAUGGCGGAGGUACAUACAGAAUUCAUUAUUGUCGACUGCUUCAGUUCGUACAACGCCAUCAUUGGUCGACCAGCGCUUAACAAGCUCAAGUGCAUCAUUGCCGGGUACAUGCUUCUCAUGAAGUUCCCCACACCUAACGGCACGGGCUGUGUCAGGGGAAGCCAACAGCUGGCACGAGAAUGUUACUCAACGACUAUAGCGCGGUCGACGCGCCGCCAUGAAAUUCUGACAGUGGGUAGUGAGGCACCGCCACCAAACAUCUUUGAGGAUCCUAGGGAUGAGGAGGAGAAGUAUGUACGGAAGGAGCCGGUCGACCCUGACACGUCGCUAAAGGUUGUCUGCCUCUCGGACGAACACCCUGAGCGGACAGUCCGCAUAGGCGCCCAUCUAAACCCAGAGGUGGAGGCAGAACUCACUCAGUUCCUACGCGAUAAUGCCGCCGUCUUUGCAUGGUCAUACGCGGACAUGCCAGGUAUCUCUCCUGAAAUUAUCACUCAUAAACUGACCAUCAAACCCUCCUUUUAUCCCAUCAAGCAGAAGCGAAGGGCCUUUGAUGAGGAAAAAUACCGGGCAAUCAGAGAGGAGGUUGCCAAACUCCAGGACAUUGGGUUCAUCCGCCAAGUCAUCUAUCCCCAGUGGAUCUCAAACCUGGUAAUGGUCAAAAAGGCCAGCGGCAAGUGGCGGAUGUGUGUCGACUUCAAAAAUCUCAACAAGGCAUGCCCAAAGGAUAGUUUCCCGCUUCCUCGUAUCGAUCAGCUAGUCGAUGCAACUGCCGGACAUGAGCUCCUCAGCAUGAUGGACGCUUUCUCCGGAUACAAUCAGAUCAAGAUGCACCCCAGCGACCAGGAAUGCACCACCUUCACCACCGACAAAGGCCUCUACUGCUACAAUGUCAUGCCUUUCGGUCUGAAGAACACCGGUGCAACUUACCAGCGGUUGAUGAACGCCAUGUUCGCUGAGCAUCUGGGAAAAAUCAUCGAGGUCUACGUGGACGACAUGCUAGUCAAGAGCGUAAGGGCCAGCGGACAUGUGGCAAACCUCAAGGUCAUAGUAACCAUUCUCUUGGCCUACGGCAUGCGCCUCAACCCAGAGAAGUGUUUCUUUGCGGUCACCGCAAGCAAAUUCCUGGGCUACAUCGUCAGCGAGCGAGGCAUCGAGGCUAACCCAGACAAGGUCCAGGCCAUCCUUGACCUGGCAGACCCUAAAUAUAAGGUACACGUCCAGUGCCUCCAGGGCAAGUUAACCGCCCUUUCUCGGUUCAUCUCUCGACUCACUGAUAAGUGCGCCUCAUUCUUCAAACUCCUCAAAACAACGCACAAGAAGGUCAUCAACUGGAACCCAGAGUGCCAGGCGGCGUUCCAGGGCUUAAAGGAAUACCUGGCGGCAGUCCCUCUCCUUUCUGUUCCUGUGCAAGGAGAAAUACUAUUCAUCUACCUGGCGGUUUCGGCAUCGGCGGUAAGUUGCGCCAUUGUCCAGCGGGAAGGCCAAGAUGAGCUUCCAGUGUUUUACGCCGGCAGAGGCAUGAACGGAGCAGAAACGAGAUAUCCUCCCUUGGAGCAACUGGCCCUCGCACUUAUCGUUGCUGCCAGACGCCUCCGGCAAUACUUCCAGGCUCACACGAUCCAUGUGUUAACCAAUCAGCCGCUGCGGCAAGUGAUGCAGAACCCUGAGCACUCGGGGCGCCUCAGCAAGUGGGCCAUUGAGCUCAGCGAGUUCGACAUAGAUUAUAGGCCAAGAACCGCCAUGAAAGGCCAGGCAGUGGCGGACUUCAUCGCUGAGCUAACCGAGCGACAGCCGGAGCCCGGUGUUGAGACAAGGCCCGGAACAGAAAUGGUGACCGUUGAGGAGGUAGCCCCCCCACAGUCAGAUUGGAACCUGCAUGUGGACGGCUCCGCCAACGCCAAGGCCAGCGGCGCCGGAAUCAUCUUAACAGGACCCGGGGGACUGAACGCGGAAUAUGCGUUAAAAUUCAACUUCAAAGCUUCAAACAACAUGGCGGAGUACGAGGCACUCAUCGCCGGUCUACUCCUCGCCAUUGACUCGGGGGCUGACAGCGUCAACAUAUUCAGCGACUCCCAGCUAGUCGUUAACCAGGUCAACGACAGCUUCCAAGCCAAGGACCAGCAGUUAGCGGCAUAUUUGGGGUACGUCAAAACGUUGCUAAAAAAGUUCAAAUUUCACAACAUCACACAAAUCCCCAGGGAAAAGAACGCCAAGGCUGAUUCACUGGCGAGACUGGCAACCGCCCAGCCACAUCAGAGUCCAGCGGACACAAGGGUAGAAUACCUUGACAAGCCAAGCAUCACAAAGACCCUGGCGGAGAUCUUCAACAUUGAAGUCAACUCCAGCUGGAUGGACGAGAUCAUUGCAUAUAAGCGCAACGGCACAUUGCCAGAGGAUAAGAUCCAGGCAAGACAGCUCAAGCGGAGAGCAACCCGCUACAACAUUCAGAAUGGCAAGCUGUACCGUCAGGGGUUCACCUACCCCAACCUCCGCUGCCUAACCCCAGAGGAGGGAAAGAUCGUCCUGGCGGAAAUCCACGGCGGAGAAUGUGGAAACCACUCGGGUGCCAGAUCAUUGGCCAACCGUACAUUGCGACAGGGCUACUUCUGGCCCACACUGGGUGAUGACGCCCGGAAAAUUUCGAGGUCUUGCCACAAAUGCCAACAGUUCGCGGAUCUCCCACAUGCACCGGCGGAACCUCUGUCAGUCAUCAUCGGCCCUUGGGUUCACUCCACGUGGGGCCUCGAUUUGAUGGGAAAAUUCCAAACCGCCAAGGGCCAAUUCAAGUACAUCAUUGUAGCCAUCGACUACAACAGCAAAUGGAUAGAGGCGGAGCCACUAACGGCAAUUACUACCGCCAAGGUCAUUCGCUUCCUCUGGAAGAACAUCUACUGCCGCUAUGGUGUCCCACACACAAUCAUUACAGACAACGGUACACAGUUCAACAAUAAGGAACUCAUAUCGUUCACCGCCAACUUGGGCACCAAGUUAAGUUUUGCAUCUGUCGCCCAUCCCCAAACCAACGGCCAGGUCGAAGCAGCAAACAAGAUAAUCAAGAAGCUGCUAAAAAAGAAGCUCGACAGCGCCAAGGGUUUAUGGGCGGAGAAGCUUCCAGAAGUCCUAUGGGCCAUCCGGACGACUCCAACUACCGCCACCGGCGAAACUCCUUUCUGCAUGAUGUUCGGCACAGAGGCGGUCCUACCUAUUGAAGUAACUCAGCCUACCGCUAGGGUCGAGGGCUACUGCCCAGACACCAACGGCGACGGCAUCAACCUGGACAGGGACCUCCUAGAAGAAAAAAGACUCAAGGCCCAUUUGCGCAACUUGCAAAACAAAAGGCUGGUAUCGCGUUUCUAUAACGCCAGAGUCAAAGCCCGGAACCUCCAACUGGGGGACUGGGUAAUGAAAGAAGUCAUUCCACCACCAACAAAGCUCCGCCCAACUUGGGAAGGCCCAUACAACAUUGUGGAAGUCGUGAGCCCAGGCACCUUCUACUUAAUGGACAAGGAUGGCGUCAAAUCGGCCCACCCUUGGAAUACUGAACACCUUCGGUAUUAUUACAAAUAGUCAG